AGAUAAAACACUCCAGUACACUGCCAUUCCUUCCUGCAACUAAUUCCUUUUCAAACUGAACAACAACAACUCUCGAGUUUUUUCUUCUUUUUUUUGGCAGAUUACAUUCAGUUUCUCGAGAUAUCAUCGUUCGCAAUCUGUUUCCGUCACUAACAGCUCAUUUCGCGAAAUUGUUACGAAAAACAGUUCAUUCCUCGAGAUUAUUACGAAAACAGCAGGAUGAUGAUCAGAAAGACAUGGCUAUGGCUAUGUGUGAUACUGAUAGGUUCACUACGCGUGAUGAGAACGUAUGGUUUUUAUGUUAAUAUUACUUAUCUUGAAAGUGCAGUGGAUAUAGGAGCCGUUUGUUUGGAUGGGAGUCCACCUGCAUAUCACUGGAACAUGGGAUCUGGUGCAGGAAUCAACAACUGGUUAGUACACAUUGAGGGAGGAGGAUGGUGCAACAAUGUCUCUACUUGUCUCGCCCGUAGUUUGACCCGUUUAGGCUCCUCCAAACAAAUGAUGGAACAGGUUGCUUUCUCCGGGAUUUUACAUGACGAGCCUCAAUACAACCCUGAUUUCUACAACUGGAAUAAGAUCAAGGUCAGAUACUGUGAUGGUGCAUCCUUUACGGGUGAUGUCGAAAACGUCGAUCCAGAAACUAAUCUUCACUUUAGAGGAGCAAGGAUAUUCAAUGCUGUCAUUGAGGAUUUAUUAGCAAAGGGAAUGAUUAAUGCUGAAAAUGCCAUUCUCUCUGGAUGUUCAGCUGGUGGACUGGCAUCCAUAUUGCACUGCGAUAAAUUUAAAGCGUUUUUUCCUGCGAGCACCACAGUGAAAUGCCUUGCUGAUGCCGGUUAUUUUAUUAACUCGAAGGAUCUGUUUGGAAAAAGACGCCUCGAGGCCUUUUAUGAUGAUGUGGUCAAUAUACAUGGAUCAGCCAAAAGUCUGCCCCCAUCAUGCACUUCCAAGAUGAACAAUAGUUUAUGCUUUUUCCCUGAAAACGUGGUCCAAGAAAUAGAAACACCACUUUUUGUAACAAACGCGGCCUAUGAUUCAUGGCAGAUAAAGAAUGCAGUGGCUCCUGGGGUAGUUGAUCCUCAUGGUAAAUGGCACGACUGUAAAAUGGAUAUUGAGCAGUGUUCAUCUGAUCAAAUUGAGAUCAUACAAGAAUUCAGGUUGGAGUUCAUACGCGCAUUGGAUGGAUUUUUUGGCACUUCUUCACCAAGAGGGAUGUUUAUCAACUCUUGCUAUGCCCACUGCCAAACUGAAAUACAAGAGACAUGGUAUAUGAGCGAUUCACCCAUGUUGAGUAACAAGACGAUUGCAGAAGCAGUUGGAGACUGGUUUUACGACAGGAGUGCAUUUGAAGAGAUAGACUGCCCAUAUCCGUGUGACAAAACAUGCCAUAACCGUAUUUUUUAAUAAUAGUCGCCAUCCAGCAGAAACGAUACACAUUCUUUGGAACGGCAAUCACACGUAUGAACACAACAUAUUCUGAAUCCGGAAAACGUGUAAGAAAACACAAGGUUUGUUUAGUUUUGGAAGUUAUAAAACCAAAGCUGAUACAAAGUGUGGUUGCUGUAUUCUUUAUUGAUCAUGUAAUUUACAUUAACGAUUCUUAGGAUACCUAUUUACAUUCUUGGAGCUCGAUUCGUUUACUUUCUUGUU